AUGACAGAAGCAAUAAACAUUAUUAUCAAAUACGCGACUGAGGCCGACGUCCUUAAGCUCUCUCUCAUCGAAGUCCUGUCCUUCCCCUCCUCCAGAUACCUUUCCAACACCUUUCCUAACGCUGAAUUGCCAACUUUACAGACAUUUAAAGCAAUUUUAUUAUACGAACACCUGGCGAGCGCACACGCUCAUGUCCUCGCAGGCGUAGAUCCCAUGAUAAAUGAUCUUAUUGCGUAUAGUCGCUGGACAAUCCCCAGGGAAUAUGGAUAUGAACAAGAUGCCUUAACAACGCUUAGUGAUGACGCACUUCUAAAAAUGGCGGACCCGUUACCGUAUGCGCCUCGGCCCAUAAAUAAGGAGAUAUAUAAGGCUUACGGUGCGUUUAUUGAUCGCAAGAGGGCAGUCCAUAUAACACAGCACGAUAUGGUUCUGGAUAUGCUUUGUGUCUUGCCAGAUUACCAGGGAAAGGGGAUUGGGACAAGGUUUUUAAAAUGGGGUAUGGAUAAAGCCGAUGCAAAUAAUGCAAGAAUUUAUCUUGAAGCUACACUGGAGGGGUAUCCGCUGUAUUUGAAGUAUGGAUGGAAGGUUGUCGAGGAGUUUGUUCUUGACUAUGAGAAGUAUGGUGGGGCAGGGAGUCAGAAGUUUGUGUUGAUGAUGAGGGAGCCUCAGACUGGAGAGAAUAUGUAG